GGUGUGUGCGUUUGUUUGUUUGUGUGCACGCGCACUCUCGCGCCCGCACGAGCGCUCGCGACUGACUAAAUAAAAUGUCGGAUUCGAAACAAAAGUAAUUGAUUAAUUAAUGAGUUGACGCGUCGAUUCGUUCCUGGGUUUAAAAUAAAUAAAAACAAAGGCAGAGGUUUGAUGAUAAAAAGGGACCAUGUGUGAGACAGGAAAGGAAGUAAAGAAGAGAGAGAGAGAGAGAGAGAGAGAGAGAGUAAAGAAGCGCGGGCGGAACGGUAGCUUUCUCAUGUCUGUAAAGUGUGAGAAAUGUUCUCAUGUGGAAACACCAGUUCAUCCUGCUGUACCUUUCAGAUCACUACACACCCUCCUCACGUCUUUACUGGAUUAUUACACAAGCAGGUUCAUGGACCUCCUGAGGCCCUGAGAUGGCGUCAGUCUUUUAGUCUCCAGCAGAAAGAUGUUGCGCAAUCUGCUCUCCUCUCCCAGGGCAAUAACUCAGAGCUCUCAUUUCCAGUCACUCAACUUCCCGGAGGAGAACGACGAAACCAUGAGUAAAAGCGACGCAGACACUCUGGUCCGUUCAGAUUCCGUGUCAGAGGUCAGCGGCGUAGAGUCGCAGCCUUUCCCCGCUCCGACUCGGACACCUCCCAGCGGCUCGGCUGCUUUCCUUCAUUUUUCCGACAGUGUGAGCGACAGCAGCAGCAGCAGCAGCAGCAUGCAGUCCAGCUACGGAGCGUACCAACCUCGGCUGGGUCUGCCCGCAGGCUUCAGCGCCCAGACACCUUUCCCCAGCCAAGCUCAAAGCUCCUUCAGCACCCUGCAUCCUCAUAAAGACCAGUGGCUCCCAUCCAGCUCCUUCUCAGGCGGGUUCUCCAGCAACGGGCGUCCGUCCUGCCUGGUGUCCGGAGAUUACUGUUCUUAUCAGAGCAAGUCCUGCUGCUCUCACUCGCUGCCAGAUGGCCACAGCUCUGACCCUGCUAGUCUGGAGCAGCCUCGCUCGCUGCACUCCAUCCCCAUGGAUUUAGCGCAGCAUAGCUACUACCUGCCCCCCUGCUCCUCACACGGGGCGCCGUGCUGCGGGCCGGGCCCGGGACACGCCUUCUGGAUGAAUCCGAGACCGCAUCCUGACAUACGCUACCACAUGCCCUAUUCAUCUUCCUUCUCUCACCAGUCUCCAGUAACAGACCCCGAGCUCCAUCCUAGCAGGAACGAAUCUUUUCCCCCUCAGCCGAAGAGCGCUCCCAGCACUGCACCCCUCUCAUUAGAGCAGAGGAAAGUUUUCGUGACUUACGAAGCCGACAACGAAAAACACGUCAAAGAGGUCAUCAAUUUCGUGGCACUGCUGCGGCACAACGGCUUCUACACCCACAUCGACAUGUUCGAGCAGCAGUUCAGGAGCAUCAGUAAGAUCGACUUCAUGGAGCGGUACAUUACUGAGAAGGAUUAUCUGAUCAUCAUCAUCAUCAGCCCAAAGUACUUUGAGAUUGUGACUAAUGCGUCGUUAUGUGUGGAGAACGAUGAAACCCUCAACACCGUCUACAUCCACAAACAGUUACAGAUUGAAUUCAUUCAGAACGGCUGCAGGAAUUUCAGAUUCAUCCCCGUGUUGUUUCCCGGUGCCAAGAGAUGCCAUGUUCCUGCCUGGCUCCAGAACACGCACAUCUUCAGCUGGCCCCGAGACAGAGACGAUAUCCUGCGACGGCUCAUGCGCGUGGAGAAGUACAACCCUCCGCCCAUCGGGGAGCUUCCCACCAUCGUCUCCAUCCCUAUAUAGCGAGCGAAGGAAGCGUGGGACGCCGUCAAUCCUGGAGUUUUACACCUGCAUGCUGAGCCAGGAAGUGGACUUUGGACCCUUUUGGGCCAGGAAUUUUAACCUUUUAGCUACUAUUUAUACCUGUAUCGGGUUUCUGUGUCAUUCUUUGUGUCACACCUGAGUCUGAAUAAGAGCGUUAAGAUAACCUGUGAUGUGUGCCUGGGGCUGAAGACGUCCAUUUUCAUUCACUGUUAACCUUGUUUGUGUAGAAAUCACAGAGGCGGUGCUAAUUAUUAUUCACCGAUACGAAGUCGAUUAAAAUAGGUGUUUGUUUGUCA